GCAACCAGGCACGUGACAGGGAGUGGAUAGAGAUUAUUUUGCCCUACAGCCCAAUGUAUGGCUAGAUCCCACACAACGUUCCAGUCAACCAAAGCCUCCGGUGAUAUUUCUCCAGGACUGCUUCUACCAAGGGCUCAACAUUCAGAGCCUCAUCUGCAGUAACCACAUAGCAAGAACAUGACGCACGAUCUACACAACUCGUCGUACGACUUUUACAACGGCACGCCAUGGUUUGUCUACGACUGCACCAUCCAUCUAGAUGAGGAUGGCCGACGGAUCACUCUUUUCCUCCUUUACCUAGUGCUCUUCAUGGUAGGGUUGGCCGAAAACACCCUGGUGGUGUGGGUAAACUGGCGAAGGCGUCAUUCGGCGAAUGGCGUGCUGUUCUGUGUCAUCAACGUGAGCUUGUCCGACUUGAUGGUGGUCUUCACCAUGCCUUUCUUCAUGCUGGAGGUGACCAUGGACAAAGUUUGGCUGUGGGGCCGCUUCCUUUGCAAGGUCACGCACCUUGUAUAUGUCAUAAACUUCUACAGUAGCUCCUUCUUCCUGGCCUUCAUGACCUUGGAGCGAUACCUUUCCCUGACGCGGCCCAACAAGCCCGCCUGCUUUCCGACGCAGCACAAACGCCGCUGGUUUCUCUGCACUGGGAUCUGGCUUUUGUCGCUUGUGCUGGCCUUGCUGGAAAACGUCCACGUCGACUUGUUGGAGUGGGACGAACCAGGCUGCUACAUGGUUCCUGAGCAGUACUACACGGAGUGGUUCGUGUCAGUUUCCUUCCUCUGCCUGAUAUUCCAGUUCCUGGGUCCGGCUUCUAUCAUCAUCACCUGCAACGUCCUGAUCGCCCGAGCCAUCCGCACAGUCCCGGACAUCCAGAAUCGCCGGGACGUGUGGUUGGUGCACGUGUACUCACUGGUCUUUGUGGCCUGCUGGCUACCGUACCAUUUGGUGUUGUUUUUGUUGACAGUGGACGACCUGGACCCACACCUGUUCUCCUGCAACACAGUCGGGGUGCUGUACUUCUCUUUUAGCCUCGUGCAAUGCUUGUCGCUCUUUCACUGCAUUGCCAACCCAAUCCUCUACAACUUCCUCAGUAAGAGCUUCCGCAACAGUCUAAUAAACACAGUGAUCAGUCGAAUCUCUUUACCGCCGACCAGUGCGCCAUCUAAUGCUGUACCUGACAACGCAGGGACAACGGCGGUAAAAGAGAGGAAGCUCAGUAAUGCCAGCACAAGUCACUCCGACAUUGGCGCGUAAAGAGGGAAACUCCUAAAGGGCGAUUUGGUGAAACAGCACAUGAAUGUGCUACGAAAAGAAUGGCUUUGAUGAGGCCAUUGUUUUUGGUCAGUUGCCUGGUAACCAACCAUAUUGUCUCCUGUUUAUCUCACCUCAGUAUUGCUAACAAUGCAAGGAAGGAAAUAUUGUCCACCUUUCGUAACCUUUAUUUCCACCGGUUCCCAUUGUCAUAUCUAGGAACUCCUUGACAAGUAAUAAAAGAUCCGUCCACAUGCCAGUAUUUGGACAAAGACAGUUUUGAUUGUUCUGCUCAACAAAAACUUUCACUUAGCUGUCCAUAUGCGCAAUCACAACACCUAGAGCUGUUUUAAUGACCUUUGAGCUCAGCAACUUGUACAUAUUAUGGAUGUAAUGGAAAAAAAAAAAUUAAUACAAUUUGUUUUAAAUAAUUUUUUUAAGGUUUGAGUGAAAGUGUCAAAUCGUGUGGGCUAAUGCCAUUUCCUGAGGGCAUGUGCUGCUCCAAUGUCUAAAAAAAUUUUUUUCACUAUAGAAAUGUAUGUUGAAUAUAAAUAUGCUGUAAUUAACAUUUAUAAAUAGUGGUGCUGUGUUUAAAUGAUGUGAAUAUGGCCGAAAUUUUACUGUUAAAAAAAAGACAAGACCCUGGCAAGUUUCGUAAGUACUGAUUUUAUUCAGAACACAAGUACAGCUGUAUUAAAAGACAAUACAUUUCUGAUAGUGACACUGAACAUGGAUAAACAUAUAAAUAACACUGAAGUAAUAUAAGGCAAUUUCAUGUUUCAUGUUGAAAAUAAAAUGUAGUAUCAAGAUAUUUACAGUUUAUGAUCACAACAUCAGCUGCAAACCGUGGCAAAGCCCUGGUAAUGUGCAUUCUUUCCUAAAAAUAAAGGGUAUUGAAACCAGGCAUUUUAUAAGGUUCAGUCUGUAUUUUUCUGUGCUACAUUACAAAUAAAGCUAUACCAACCACAAUGUCCCAGCAGUUUUGAAUGUAUACUUUAUGGUUUGACCAGUGACAUCAAUUAUGAAUGAACCAGUGUGCUAAAACAGUUUGAAUUGAAUAAGAAAUUAUUUAAAUGUACAAUGUAAAACUGUCCCAUGAAAGAAAGAAAAAGCAUAUAACUGCUGGGGAAGUUGUACAAAAGACCAUCACAGCUUUCUAAAAGAACUGUAACUUAUCCACAAUACCAUUUGCACAAAACACUCUGAUAUGUCCCAAGUGAAGAAAGUGAACACUGCGAUAUGAACUGACUGAUGUAUUAACACCUCAGUCUGAAUCGCUUCUCUUUUCCAAAUGAAAUUAUUUAUGUAAGAAGAGUUUUGCUUUAUGUAUUACAUCCAAAUUGUUUGACACUACAUCUCAUGAACCGGUAACUAUUUCUAAUUUAGUCUGUCAAUGAUAUACAACACUAAUAUAAAAAUAACAGCUAUUCUGUAAAAUAAAAGUACCGUUAUAUAUUUAUUAUUACUUUUUUUUUUUUAAGGACCAAUUUUAUUUUAUAUCCUUGACCUAGACAAGAGCACUGCUUUAUUUAUCAGAAAACAUAGAAAAAAAUUAUAUUCUCAGCGUACAUUUGCACUGGAAUAUCCAGAGACCUUUAGCUUAUUGUGAUAAGAGUUGCAGGAAGAGCAUACAGAGGUAAAUCGCAGAUCAGCACUUGGAAAAGCUUAUUGUUAAAAAUGACUUCAUUAAAACACUGCAAAUCAAAAGUUUGGAGACACUUGACUGAAUUUGUUUGGAGUGAUCUUUAACAAUCUUCUGAUCUAACUGCUUAUACUUACUUUGAAGACAAAUAUAACUUAUGUUGGUGCAUAAGUUAAGAAUUUCUUUACAAAACUAAAUUUUUGUUUUAAAUAAAUGAGCUGGUCCACAUAGUGACUGAAAAGCAGCCAAAAAGUGCUCGGCACACAUGUAAACUUCUUUAAACUUCUUUCAAACACUUUAUAUCAUAAUGUUCUUGUCAAAUGUUUGAAAAAGUUACAGUAUAAGAUUGUUAUUUUUAUUGAUUUUUUUUCAUAGCUUUGAUUACUUUAUUAUUAUUCUAAAAUAUAAAAAAAGAAAUGGAAAUAAGUAAGCGUGUCCAAAUAUUUGAUUGGCAAUGCAGCCUUGCUCAGUCUCUCUUGCCAUCAAGUGGUCAAGUAUCAGCACUACAUAAAAAAAAAAAA